AUGCUCCUGGCCACCUCUUACACUCUUCCGGACGGUGAGGCCCGCGUUUCUCCUCUGCUGGUCCCCGAAAGGUUGCACCAACCAGGCCUUCGAGUCGCUUUCUUCCCGUUCAAUAUCAGCCACUCUGACUUCACCCCUGGUGCACCAUGUGCCUCUCUCAAAUUGAAGACCUGGGAGGAUAUUGCUGGCCGACUCCGAGUAUCUGUAAAGGAUGGCAUCGGUUUAGUUAUUUGGCGCGAGACUUCUGACUCCUCCCAUUCUAUUACCACCUCUGAAGUUGCACCUAUUAAAUCAUCUGAGGGCCUAUCUCUUGGAAUAUGGCGCCUGGCUGGCCUAAUGGGACAGAAUUUAUACGAAAUUUACACGGCAGAUGGUGUGCCUAGUGGAACGCCAAUCAAAUAG